GUCCUAUCACUGCCCACCUUCAUAAACAGUGAGAGGGAUGCUUAUUUUUAUAGCCUAAAGAAAAUGAGAGUAUGUGGCUGAGAGAGCCCUGGGUGCUUAGAUUUCCUCCUGCUUUUCCCUGAAGUCUAUUUUAGAGGUGGGGGCAAUUACAACAACAUGCAGCUUCUGAGUAAGGACUGAAACAUCCAGCAGCAGUGGAACGUGUUAGUUCUGUACUGGGCAUUAAAGAAGCACAAUUGAUCACAGAAGUACAAUAGGUAUAUUGGGGACUGUAGAAUGGGGAAGGGUGAGUAAUCAUUCUAAAAUGAACAAUCUGAAUGAUUAAUGAGAGAAACAGCUCUGUGUUUUUUGAUAUCAGUUCAUCUCGGGACUUGAAGCAAGUCGCAGAAGAACUUCUCUUGCUGCUGUGACGUGGAAUUGUAGAGUUAUCCAUGCAGUUCUGCCAGUGCCAUGACUCCUGGUAGCAUUGGACCAGCAAAGAAAGAGACCACAGACACCUUACAGCUGAAACCUGAACACAACAAAUCUAUUUGGAGCAUGGAAGAGGUGCCAGAAGGAUCCGAAUUUGAUGACACCUGGGAUCCUAGAGAGCAGCCAGAGUAUGAGAUUUUAUUCAAACAGCACGUGGGAACAGAGGAUGUCUUCUUUGGUAUGAGCAGGAAAGACCCUUCCACAGCCUGCUGUGAAGAUAUGGUGGUUAAAAUCAAGCUGCCAGAGACGAAGUUCUCAGACAUCACACUGGAUAUCCAGGACAAGGUUCUUGACCUCAGAACUCCCCAAAAGAAGCUGCUGCUGCAUCUCCCUUGCCCUGUGGACAGCAAGAAGGGGAAAGCUCGUUUUCUCUCAGAAGAAGAGCUCUUGGAAGUUACCUUGAGGAUGAGAAGGGAGUUUGAUUUCAUCAAUUUUGCCUGAUGGAGAAAUGGAGGAACUUCACAAAAAGUCAUCUCUGUAAAUCUGAGGUCUUUUCAAAAUCUGAGUGGUCGUGAGAUUGUUCCCCUUUAUCCAUCCGAGGGGGGGCCAGAAUGGAAAAAAUUCAGUACGUCAGGAACAAAAGGAAGUUAAUUCAUCGCACCCACAGAUCCUGUAAGCUGGGGCUGUCUGGCCUUUGGCUCUGGUUAACAUUCUGCAUCCUUCAGCCCAAUACGGGCUCUGAAUCAGAAAAUAGGAGAUCCCAAAGUCUUUCUGUGGUUAGUGUCUGUAAGUAGCGCGAUGAGGCCCUGACCAGCAGCUCUGGUUCCUGGUUACUGCCGAAAGACUUGCAAGUGAGGUUUAUUUGGCCUCUAAUACUGGCACUGAACCCACUUCAGAUCCCGCUCCAAAACUCUCUGGGGAUCCAUAGCCACAUCUCUGAGGUUUCUUUACCGUGACAGCACAAGGCAAGCAGCUACUGCUGGAUUGCUGAGCAGCUCAGCUCUUUUGAACGGUUUUUGACACUUUCAAUGUCAUCCAUUCACCUGCUGUCCCUCCAGCUAUUCUUCUGAUCUUUAUUAAUAAAAGAGUACGCUCUAAUGAACCAUUCCGGUUACUUUUUGCUCUUCCUCCUCCACCUGAUACCACAGAGACUUCCUAAAAGUGGAAGGAAAGGAAUUUUGCAUUACAAAGUGCUAUUUUCUUAAAGGGUUGAAGUGCAGCAGGAGCUUUUGUUUUGGCCUUCAGGUCUAAUCUCGAGCAACAGAGCUGGGUAACCAAGAGAUUUCUCUCACCACCUCCUGGGCAGAUAUAUUCACUUAGUGCUGUUAAUCCUGCAGGAAGCAAAGAGAUCCACUCAGCAAUCGAAGAGGGAGAGGGCAAGCAGGGCUGGUACUUUGAUGGGUCUUCAUCAAAUCUUUUAAUCACUGCAAAAAUAAAAUGGCUUUGGAUCCUG